AUGCCGGAGACGAGCCGGGUGGUGUACCACGUGCGCGCCCCCACUGUGGCCGACCUGGCCGAGCUGAUGAGGCGCGUCGAGGCCUGCCUGGAGGCGGCCGCCGAGUCCACCGACUGUUCGCUGGUUCAGGAGAAGAGCAUCCUCUACAAGGACUUCGUGCACAACAACGCCCUCAACGCCAUCUACGCCAAGCACGCGGGUGACAUGGGCGUAACGUUCUCCGACCCUGACAACUCUCUCGUCGUGCCGCUUGGCGCCUUCUCGGACGCGGGGAACGCGUCGCAAGCGCUGCCUGUCCUGAACGCCACGUUCUCCAUCCCCAGCGCCGGCGUCAACCACACGCGGAGCUUCGCCUCGGCCGCGGGCUCCCUUGAAGCGCAGACGUGCGCCCGCAGGGCGACCAAGUUGCUCGCCUUGACCGCUCUGGACCUGUACACGGACCCCAAACUCCUGGCGAGUGUCAAGCAGGAGUUUCAGGACUGGAAAGCCAAACAGCCGCCCAAGCAGGACCAGCGACGGCAACUGGUUCAGGAGGAGCUGCAACGGCAGCAAGUUCAGCUGGACCAGCAACAGCAAUAG